UUUGUUUGGUGUAUGUACAGAGAGACAGACAUAGGGGAGUAGUAGUAUCCAAGGGGGUGAAACUUGAAGUUUAAAGUAGCUUUUCAAAUUUCAUAUCUGGCUGGUCAAAACCCCCACUAACACCAAGAAAGAGGUGAGAAAGGACAAGAGAGAGAGAGGGGAAGAGAGUGAAGUUUUUGACAUGGGCACAUUGGGAUUUCAAUAUUAUAUGGUUUUGUCCCUCAAUCCUUGCCAGAUACAGUGAAAACUCAUGAAAGUUUAGGACUUUUCAGGUCAUCUUCUUCAAUCAAAGAGGCCCCAUCAAUUUCUUUUGUUAAAAAUCUUUUCUUUUUUCCUUUUCAAACCUGUUCAUGGAUCCCAAGGGCUCAAAGCAGCAGAACCAGGAGGUUGUUCCAAACUUCCUUCAACAACAACAACAAGGGAACAACAACAACAACAUGGGAGAGAACAAACCAUCCGAGGUUAAGGAUUUCCAGAUUGUGAUUGCUGAGAAAGAUGAGAGCAAGAAGCAGUUGGCACCAAAGAGGACCUCCAACAAGGACAGACACACAAAAGUUGAAGGCAGGGGAAGGAGGAUAAGGAUGCCAGCUCUGUGUGCAGCAAGAAUCUUCCAGUUGACCAGAGAAUUAGGUCACAAAUCUGAUGGUGAAACCAUCCAGUGGCUUCUGCAGCAGGCUGAGCCAUCAAUCAUAGCAGCCACUGGAACUGGAACAAUCCCAGCAUCUGCUUUAGCUUCUGCUGCUGGUAACUCUGUUUCACAACAGGGGACCUCUUUAUCUGCUGGUUUGCACCAAAAAUUUGAUGAAAUGGGUGGUGGUGGUGGUGCCAAUAGUAGGACCAGCUGGGGUAUGGUUGGAGGGAAUUUAGGGAGACCCCAUGUGGCUACAGCCACAGGUUUAUGGCCCCAUGUCACUGGAUUUGGAUUUCAAUCAUCAUCAUCUGGUCCUUCUAAUGCCAAUUUGGCCAGUGAGAGUUCAAAUUACCUGCAGAAAAUUGGGUUCCCUGGGUUUGACUUGCCUGGUGCUACCACCAACAUGGGUCCUAUGAGUUUCACAUCAAUUUUGGGUGGGGGCAACAACCAGCACAUGCCAGGUUUGGAGCUAGGGUUGUCUCAAGAUGGACAUAUUGGGGUUUUGAAUCCACAAGCCCUGAGCCAGAUUUAUCAGCAGAUGGGUCAAAGCAGAGUACACCACCAGCAUCAGCAUCAGCAGCAAGAACAUGAACAUCAGCAUCAGCAUCAGCAGCAGACUCCCAGUAAUGAUGAUUCUCAAGGCUCAGGACAGUAAAUUUUUUUAUGGAUUUGGAUGAAAGAAUUAGAAUUUUUCUACAGGCUGAGGUUUCUAGAAUGGCUUUUGUAUUGUAUAAUUGGGAGACUUUGAGGAAAUAGAUGAUGUCUCAAUGAAAUUCAAUAGAAACUGGAUUUGGUUUUAUUACCCCCUCUUAUUGUUCCUUCUCCACAGAACUCAAGUCUCCAGAUACAGGUGGAAUUGUGUGCCAGAUUGCUUGGCUGCUUUGGCCUGGCCUUAAACUAUUGUUUAAUUCAGAGGUGUGUUGAUUAUUUUGUUCUUCUCUAGGUCAGGGUGGAGUGCUGAUCAGUUUGUAUGAAAAAUGACGAUAUAGUUUCAUAAUCAUAUUUGUCAAUGUUCUUAUUGGAUCUGGUUUUAGUA